AUGGCGCUGGUGACGGUGCGGCGGGCGGGGGGCUCCGCCGGGGGCCCCGCGGAGGAAGAUGCUCCCAGACGUGGCCAACUGCAGCGACGGCAGAGCUUCGUCAUGGUCAAGGGGGCUGCGCGGCUCCUGCCCGCGGAGGAGCCCCCCCCAGCCGAGCCCCCCCCGGCCAAGCCCCCCUGCCAGGCCCCGGGACAGCAGGAGCAGCACCUGCACCUCAUGAUGCAGCUGCUGCGCCCCCAGGACGCCAUCCGGCUGGCGGUGCGGCUGGAGUCGGCGCGGCCGCGGCGGGUGCGGUACCUGCUGCUGGUGCGGCCGGAGGAGGCGGGAGCCGAGGCGGAGACGGCGCUGCUGGGAGUGGAUUUCGCCCACGAGGGGGCCACCCGCUGCACCCUGGGCAUGGUGCUGCCCCUCUGGAGCGACACCCAGGUGUUCCUCGACGGCGACGGGGGGUUCAGCGUGACGUCGGGGGGACAGACGCGCAUCUUCAAGCCCAUCUCUGUGCAGACCAUGUGGGCCGUGCUGCAGGAGCUGCACCGCGCCUGCGAGGACGCGGCCCGCGGCGGGCACAUCCCCGGCGGCCCCGCGCUGGCCUGGGCCCGCGGCUACGCGGCGGCGCUGGGCUCGGAGCAGAGCUGCCUCAACGAGUGGCUGGCCAUGGCCGACCUCGAGUCCGUGCGCCCCGCCUCGCCCACGCCUCUCCGGCCGGCCACGCCGGAGCUGUCGGAGCAGGCGGUGCGGGCGCUGCUGCGGGAGGUGAUGGCCACCGCCGACCUGGAGAACGUCACGUCCAAGGAGGUGCGGGAGGAGCUGGAGCGGCGCACGGGGCACAGCCUGGCCGAGCACAAGGAUUUCAUUGACAACGAGAUGCUGCUGGUGCUGGCGCAGAUGGAUCGGCCUUCCCGUGUCUUCCCGCACCUCUUCCUGGGCUCCGAGUGGAACGCAGCCAACCUGGAGGAGCUGCAGCAGAAUAGGGUCACCCACAUCCUGAACGUGGCGCGGGAGAUCGACAACUUCUUCCCGGCGCUGUUCACGUACAUGAACGUGCGGGUGUACGACGAGGAGGCGGCCGAGCUCCUGCCCCACUGGAACGACACUUUCCUGUUCCUCUCCCGCGUCCGGGCGGCGGGAGGCCGGGCGCUGGUGCACUGCCGGAUGGGGCUGAGCCGCUCGGCAGCCACGGUGCUGGCCUACGCCAUGAAGGAGUUCGGGUGGCCCCUGGAGCGGGCGCUGCGGCACGUCCGGCACUGCCGGCCCGGCGUCCUGCCCAACCCCGGCUUCAUGCGCCAGCUCGACUUCUACCAGGGCAUCCUGAGCGCCAGCCGGCACAGCAGCCUGUGGGAGCCCCGGGCAGCCGAGCAGGCGCCGCACACUGAAGAGGACACCUCGAGGGACACAAGUGGCGUGUCCCCACUGUCCUCCCCGCUGUCCUCCCCGCUAGCGUCCCCACAGCCCUCCGAGGAGGAGGCAGCUGGUGGGGGGCUGCUGGGGGCCUCUCGGCGCCCCCGCAUCUCCCUGUGCUCUGUCAUGCGGAGCAUCAGCCUGCUGGAGACCCCCGAGCCCCCCGAGCUGCUGGGGGAGCCCCUGGCCGGGGAGCAUGGGAUGACCCUGCUGUCCCCUCUCAGGUAUUUGAGGCCACGGAGGAAGCAGAGGGUCCCUCCCCGAGGUCACGACCCUCGUCUCGCCCGCGCCGGGUGGUGCGCCAGGCCAGCCUGGAUGGUGGCCCCGCCCCGUUUUGUGACCACACCCAUAGUGAGAGCUACACCCAGUGCCACACCCAUGCACUUGGCCACGCCCACACGGAUGAACCCAUUCCCUAAUUUGGUAGGCAUGGGACAGCUCCUCCUCACUGCCAUAGCAACAAGGGAGGGGCGUGGUCUACGCCUGGGGGCGUGGCCGUCGACCCGGCAUGCCCCGCCCACGCCCCGCCCACACUCUGGGGCUGGGAGUUGCCUCAGCCCCACACGCACAAACACGGACACCGCUCCUGCACUGGCAAUAAAGUGUGGAAAUGGCAGUUCCUGAUGGCUUUGUGACCCUGAGGAUCUGGAGGGUGGGCUGCUGUCAACAGGGGCCGGAGUGAACGCUUUGGGGGCACCGGGCGGGCACAGGGUCCCAGCGGCGCCAUGUUGUGCACCACGGAGAAAACUACAAGUCCCGGCGGCCUUUGCGCGAGAACAACAACUUCCGUGUUGCCAUGGCAACCGUCGCGGCCUAGGCCUGUACUGGCGCCUGGAGUGGAAUCAGGGUGGAGUUGGUGCUGGAAGCGACCCGAGGCCCGGCAGCGGAGGACUGAACCACACAGAGCCCGCAGCUCGCUGUGACCAUGGUGGAGGGGAAAGCCGGGUGCUCCCCCUGCCACCCCAUGAGAUGGCAUCAACCCCCUCCCACCAUGGUGUCGCUUCAUGUUACGUCACCCCUGACCCACAGGACACCUUCCACCAGCCCAGGCUGCUUCACACCCCAUCCAACCAGGCCUGGGACGCUUACAAGGCUGGGGCAGCCACAGCUUCUCGGGGCAAUCUGUACCAUGGCCUCACCACCCUCACCCUCACCACCACACCCUCAAAAUCCCACCUAAACCCACUCUCCCAGGAAGGAGGUUCCUGGCUGGAACUGCCCCUGAGGCUGCUGCUGUCCAUCUCCAUCUCCUUGGGCUGUACCUGUGGCUGGAGCCAUCCCAAACACUUCCCCCUUUCCUGGAACACCCACCAGGUUGUGACUGACCCUCUACCAAGGAAGGAGCAUGGGAAUCUCCCUCCUUCUUCCCACCAGGAGGGCACAACCCUGGGUUGGCUGGGUGUGGGAUGUUUGGUGGUCCACCCAAACACCUCCAUCCUGUGCCUAGCAGAGGAAUUAUGUCCUGUCUGUAGAAGAUAUCCAAGGGACUGCAGCUCCAAUAGCAGGACCAGAUCCAGCUGGAUAACACAAUCCAGAGGGUCGGGAGCCUGCAGUGCGAGUGGGAUGGGAGUUGUGGGUGGCCCUCACCCAUCCCACCCCAUCCCACCUCAUCCCACCCCAUCCCACCUUAUCCCAGGUUAUUGCCGGCUCCAAUGCUCCACUGAAGUCAAAACUCUACCUCUACACUAAUUCAUAAAUAGUAUCCAGUACUCAGUGUGUGAGGA